AUGGCGGUCCGUUGCCAAUUUGAGAACUCUUCUGAAAUCGGCGUGUUUGCACGCUUGACCAACUCGUACUGCCUUGUGACCGUGGGCGGCUCGGCCAACUUUUAUUCCACCUUCGAGACGGAGUUGGGUGAUUUGAUGCCGAUUGUGCACUGCACCAUUGCUGGCACGCGCCUGGUAGGCCGCUUGACGGUGGGUAACCGCCAUGGUCUGCUGGUUCCCAUGACAACAACGGAUCAGGAGCUACAGCACCUGCGGAAUAGUCUGCCGGACGAAGUCGCGAUCCAGCGUGUGGAAGAGCGUCUUAGUGCGUUGGGCAAUGUUAUUGCUUGCAAUGAUUAUGUUGCGAUUGUGCAUCCUGAUCUGGACCGUGAGACGGAGGAAAUCAUCGCUGAUGUGCUCAAGGUAGAGGUAUUCCGCCAGACUGUGGGUGACAAUGUGUUGGUCGGCUCCUACGCUACGCUCUCGAACCAGGGUGCAUUGGUCCACCCGAAGACGUCGCUGCAGGAUCAAGAUGAGCUCUCGUCGUUGCUGCAGGUGCCGCUUGUCGCUGGUACUGUCAACCGUGGUUCCGACUUGAUUGGCGCCGGCUUGUUGGUCAACGACUGGGCCGCGUUUGUUGGAUUGGAUACCACUGCGACGGAGUUGAGUGUCAUUGAAUCGACGUUCCGCCUGCAGGGCCAGGAAGCUGGCGCUGUGGUCAACGAGCUGCGCGAUGCUCUGGUUGACUCGUAUGCGUAA